AUGGCCGCCGAAGAUAAAAAAGUUACUGUUGAUGAAUUAGACGAGUCAGACGAUAUUUUUGAUGAGGUUUUGGACGCCUUUUCUUCUUCGCAGUCAUCCAAACUACCACCCUUGAGCGAUCCUUCUGCUUCCUCUAGUUCCAAUUCUUCCUCAACAAAUAAUCCGCUAUCGUUUCAAAACACUGGUGCUGAAGUAGAUCCAAGUUCAGAAAUUGACGAUGAAUAUGCGGCACAAUUGGCUUCUGACAUGGAAGAAUUUGUAUCGCGACUAGAAGGACUAUGGAGUUCUGUUGAUGAAGAAAGCUGUAAUGGUGCAGAAGGUGUUGAUAGUAGUAGUAGUAAUACUGGAAAUAAUGGAAGAUCUAGUGAUCCUAAGGCGAAUUCAUUUCAAGAUAAAAUUAACCAAACAUUGAAUAACCUACAGAAUAGCUCUGAUCGGGUUGAUGCCGAGAUAACAGAGAAAUCAGCUGAUGAAAUAAUGGACAGAGUAAUAAAGCAACUAGAGGGACUUGGAGAAAAUGGGAACAUGGAAGAGAUGUUGGGUAGCGGGAUGGAUAAUAUGUUAGAAUUUUUGAUGGAAACAUUGGCAACAAAAGAUUACUUAUAUGAGCCAAUGAAAGAAUUUGCUCAAAAGUACCCGAAAUGGCUCGAAGAGAACAAAGGUCUCGUCUCAGAAGAAGACUAUCAACGUUAUGAGAAACAAUCGGAAUAUAUCAAGAAAAUCAUUGCGAAAUAUGAGGCGCCUGACUUUGAUGAAAACAAUGAAAAACAGAAUAAGGAAAUCGUGAGUUUAAUGCAGGAGUUACAAGACUUCGGACAACCACCAACAGAAAUCCUCAAUGAGCUAGCUCCGGGGAUUGAACUUGACGAGCAAGGAAUGCCAAACUUAUCCAUAGAUUCGUGUAAACAAAUGUAG